AAGAAGCAAAGAAAUGAGACAUACCAGAUCAAACAGAUCAACUGGUUCGAUGCUGCCGCUGGCCCUAACGGGUCCAUGCGCCGCUCCCCAAUACUGACUCAAAAUGCUAAUGGCCCUUGUCCUCUGCUCGCUCUCGUCAAUGCUCUGACUUUAUCCGCCCCCGAAUCACCAAAGACAAUCCUAGUCGACACUCUUAGCUCACGUGAGCAGAUCAGUCUCGGUCUCCUGUUGGACGCUGUCUUUGAGGAGUUGGCUAGGAGGACUGAAAUCUCAAAGAAGGCACUUCCGGAUGUUGGUGAUCUUUACUCCUUCCUCAUCACCUUGCACACUGGUAUGAACGUAAAUCCACGCUUUGUUCUUCCUCAAAAUGCUCCUCAAGGGCUACCCGGAUCGUUCGAUGAGACGAGAGAGAUGCGCCUCUACAGCACUUUCGACGUCCCUCUUCUUCACGGCUGGGUUCCGCCUUCAAGCUCAUCAGCAUACGAGGCAUUUGAUCGUUCGGCGAAAACAUUUGAUGAUGCACUAAACAUCCAGUUUGCUCAGGCAGAGCUUGAACAUAAACUAGGAACUGAUGGCUUGUCAAGCGACGAGCAGCAAAUGUUUGAAGAUAUCAUCUUCAUCAAGGAGUUCCUUUCUGGUUACCCAACGCAGUUGACUGAACAUGGCCUUAAGCUAAUGACUGAUUUUCUGAGACCUGGCCAGGUAGCAAUCUUAUUCAGGAAUGAUCAUUUUUCGACACUGUAUAAGCAGCCGAGGACUGGCACUCUUAUGAACCUUGUCACAGAUGCGGGAUACUCAUCUCACGAUGAAAUCGUCUGGGAGAGCCUAGUGGACGUUAGCGGCGCCGCAGGAAGCUUCUUCUCGGGCGACUUU